GGUUCUCGCUCGCUCCAUGGCUCCGCCGCCGUCGCCUUCCGAGCGGCCGCGCUCCAGCGGGUGCACACACUCGGUUAAAGACUAAACAGCAUCGCCGCCUCUCUGCCGGUCACAGAAGGAGAAGUCGAGGCUGGGAAGGAAGAUCGAGCAGAAGCCGAGUCGGAAGCAGAGAGCUGGACUGUGGUUGCCACUGGACAGCCCAGCCCCGGAGCGCAGGACGGCGCAGCAGGUUUGCGCCCCGGGCUUCUGGGCUGGUGGCCUGCGGAGAAGUCGGCUUUGGGCUCUGGAUUCCGGCCUGGUCCCUUGUCUCGGUGGGUGAACGAUACCUGGAACACCUUCCCCAUCCCGGCUGCCAGUAGACUCAGCCUGAGCGGGACUCCGGGGACCCUGGAGCGCGGCGAGGUCUAAUAUGCCCUGAGCCGAGGCGCGAUGAAGGAGAAGUCCAAGAAUGCGGCCAAAACCAGGAGGGAGAAGGAAAAUGGAGAGUUUUACGAGCUGGCCAAGCUGCUUCCGCUGCCUUCGGCCAUCACCUCGCAGCUGGACAAAGCAUCCAUCAUCCGGCUCACCACGAGCUACCUGAAGAUGCGCGCAGUCUUUCCGGAAGGUUUAGGAGACGCGUGGGGACAGCCGAGCCGAGCAGGGCCCCUGGACAGCGUCGCCAAGGAGCUGGGAUCGCAUCUGCUGCAGACUUUGGAUGGAUUUGUUUUUGUGGUAGCAUCUGAUGGCAAGAUCAUGUAUAUAUCUGAGACAGCAUCUGUGCAUUUAGGCUUGUCCCAGGUGGAGCUCACAGGCAACAGCAUUUAUGAGUACAUCCAUCCUUCAGACCAUGACGAGAUGACGGCUGUCCUUACGGCCCACCCACCGCUCCACCAUCACCUGCUGCAAGAGUAUGAGAUCGAGCGGUCCUUCUUCCUUCGAAUGAAAUGUGUCUUGGCAAAAAGAAAUGCAGGCUUGACAUGCAGUGGAUACAAGGUCAUCCACUGCAGUGGUUACUUGAAGAUCAGACAGUACAUGCUGGAUAUGUCCCUGUAUGACUCCUGCUACCAGAUUGUGGGGUUGGUGGCCGUGGGCCAGUCUCUGCCACCCAGUGCCAUCACGGAGAUCAAGCUGCACAGUAAUAUGUUCAUGUUCAGGGCCAGCCUCGACCUGAAGCUCAUAUUCCUGGACUCCAGGGUGACUGAGCUCACAGGCUACGAGCCACAGGACCUGAUUGAGAAGACGCUGUACCAUCAUGUGCAUGGCUGUGACACGUUCCACCUGCGCUACGCUCACCAUCUCCUGCUCAUGAAGGGCCAGGUCACCACCAAGUACUACAGGCUGCUAUCCAAGCUGGGCGGCUGGGUGUGGGUGCAGAGCUACGCCACCGUGGUGCACAACAGCCGCUCGUCCCGGCCCCACUGCAUCGUGAGUGUCAAUUAUGUCCUCACGGAUAUCGAAUACAAGGAACUUCAGCUGUCGCUGGACCAGGUAUCCACUUCCAAGUCCCAAGACUCCUGGAGGACCACCUUGUCUACCUCACAAGAAACUAGGAAAAUAGCUAAGCCAAAAAAUACAAAGAUGAAGACAAAGUUGAGAACAAACCCUUAUCCCCCACAGCAAUACAGCUCGUUCCAAAUGGACAAACUGGACUGCAGCCAGCUAGGAAACUGGAGAGCCAGUCCCCCUGCAAAUGCUCCGGCUCCCCCAGAACAGCAGCUCCAUUCAGAAGGCAGUGACCUUUUGUACACGCCACCUUACAGCCUGCCUUUCUCCUACCAUUAUGGACACUUCCCUCUGGACUCUCACGUCUUCAGCAGCAAAAAACCAGUGUUACCGGCCAAGUUCGGGCAGCCCCAAGGAUCCCCGUGUGAGGUAGCACGCUUUUUCCUGAGCACACUGCCAGCUAGCGGGGAAUGCCAAUGGCACUACGCCAACCCCCUAGUGCCUAGCAGCCCAUCGCCAGCUAAAAACCUUCCUGAGCCGCCUGUGAACGCUGCUCGGCACAGCCUUGUGCCAAACUACGAAGCGUCCUCCAGCAGCGCCGCGGCGCGCAGGUUCGGGGAGGACACCGCGCCCCCGCCGAGCUUCCCGAGCUGCGGCCACUACCGCGAGGAGCCGGCGCUGGGUGCCGCCAAGGUGGCCCGUCAGGCCGCCCGGGACGGGGCCAGACUGGCGCUGGCCCGCGGGGCGCCCGAGUGCUGCCAGGCGUCCCCGGGCCCCGAGCCCCCCGGCGCCACCGCGCAGCUGCCCUUCGUGCUGCUCAACUACCACCGCGUGCUGGCGCGGCGCGGGGCGCUGGGGGGCGCUGCGCCCGUCGCCCCCGGCCCGGCCUGCGGCCCCUGCCCGGCUCCCGGCACGCCGGCCUCGGCGUCCUCCGCGCUGCGGCCCCGGCACCCGGGCCCCGCGCCCGGCCCCGCCGCCGCCGCCGCCUCCCCGCCCGGCCGGGGCGCGCCGCACUACCUGGGCGCCUCGGUCAUCAUCACCAACGGCAGGUGACCCGCGGGCGUGUGCCGGGGAGAAGCCGUGGGCCGGUGGCCUUCUCUGGUUCCUAGGUUUGCAAAGUCCAGCCGGUUGAGGGGACGAGCUGUAUAUGCACGAUAUAAAUUAAUUUAUACAGAGACAACUAUUUUAAUAGAACUCCGCAGCCGAACUUGUAGAUUUUUUUUUUUUAAACCGCAGAUGCCAUAAACACCACCUCGGGGGUGGGGCGGGGCGCAUGGAGGACUGGGACGUGGUCUGAUGUUGGGGAUAGGUGACCAAAAAA